AUGAAUAAGGAAGAAAUUGACAAGAAGUACAUCCGCGAAUUAGACGUUUUAUUGAAAGAAAUCAAGUCUUUCUCGAUUGUCAUCUUCGAGCAUUUCAAGACCUACAGUGAUGCCAAUUCAAUUCGAUUUGUGAAGAGUUCUGCAUUCCUGUUGGAGCAUAUUGACCAGGGUCUUCUGCCUUAUUUGGACGGUUUCUUGAUUGCAGCAGGCCAGUUUGAUUUCAGCAGUCAGCACCCAGCAAAUGGGUAUAGAAGUGUUGUCGGUCUCAUCGAGAAGUGCUCUCUGCAUUUGCUCAUUUUGACACGUUACGUGGCUUUGAAAAAAAAAAGUUUGCUAUUCAGGAAUGAUCACUACAGUAAAGAGUUUGAAUCCUAUGUGACAUUGUUGGGCCAGUUGAGAGCCUGCUUACAAUAUGCACAGAAGUUCAUGUCCUAUUCAUCAGGGCAGCUGGUUAGCGAACAAGUUUCAGAAGACGAGUUCAAAAUUAUGCAAGAAAUUGAAAACCUCUCACAGGAACCAUUCUACGGUGUUUGCCUCGGCUUUCAGUACAACAGCUCAAUGCUGCAGACCAUAUUGGUCAUGCACAUCAUCCUGGCGUCCUACAGUUCCGGAUACAACAAAUCCUCUCCAUUCAUGAAACUUGCAUCCAGUGUCCUCAGCAGUGGCAAGUUCAUCAUUUCCCCCGAGGAGAGAGCUAAAAAGGUCAUAGAAGCCACAGUUCAUGGUGAUGUUAACUUUUGCAAAUCCUUCUGGGACUUGUCUGAAAAUGCUCUUUUGCAUAGCAUAGCAAAAGUAGUGAGCCCUCUUGUUGCCAUCGAAAAAACAAUCCACAUUCCAUUGGACCCCCCCGUUCAAGUCUUUCUCUCAUCUGACCCAAACAAGCACAUCACUGUUUCCGUGCCUAAUGCUGAAUCAUCAUCGAUUAUGGUUAGGCUGUUUUCGUAUCAGGCUCGACAAGGUCAAAACAACGUUGUACAAGUGCAAGAUUAUGCCUUAUAUAGAAAUUUCACCACCGAUUACUUUACCGAGUUGCGCCAGAAAACAGAAACCAACAGGGACCCUUUCUUGUCUCCCGUCUUUGCCAGUGAUGAACUUCUGAGGGGAUUGUGUCCCGUGCAUUUCAUUAGCAUAGCAAAAGUAGUGAGCCCUCUUGUUGCCAUCGAAAAAACAAUCCACAUUCCAUUGGACCCCCCCGUUCAAGUCUUUCUCUCAUCUGACCCAAACAAGCACAUCACUGUUUCCGUGCCUAAUGCUGAAUCAUCAUCGAUUAUGGUUAGGCUGUUUUCGUAUCAGGCUCGACAAGCACCUCCUCCACCACCUCCGCCAUCACUUAUCGACAAGUGCCACUUCCUGGCUUGA